ACAGUCAUUUCUAUAAUUCAUUAAUAUAUCAUAAAUCGUGCAGGACUGGGUUAUAACGACUAACAACCACAAAUCAACCCAAAAAAACCCAAAUGAGCUCUUACUUUGUAAACUCAUUCUCCGGUCGCUAUCAAAAUGGCCCGGAUUAUCAGUUACUUAAUUAUGGGACGAGCAGCUCCGAGAACGGACCAUACAGGGAUUCAGGCACCAUGCAUUCAGGCACUUACGGCUACAACUACAAUGGUAUGGACCUUAGCAUCACCCGUUCAGCCUCAUCUAACCACUUUGGAGUGGUUAAUACAGAAAAGUCCAGAAGCUAUCCUUCAGCUACAGAAACCAGGUUCAGACAAGCAGCGAGCUGCACCCUCUCAUCUCCAGAACCCCUUCCUUGUUCCGGCAAAGACAGUCACGGAGUCAAGGGUUCCCCAUCCGAUCCGACUACCUCCUCUAGUUCAGCAAGUAAUUUUACAGAAAUGGACGAGGCCGGAGCAUCCUCGGAUGCCGAAGAGGGCACUCCAGCCAACAACAACAACCAUCCCAGGGCACAGCAAGAAUCAACACAAGCAACAACACCAGAACAGCAACCACAAAUAUUUCCUUGGAUGAGAAAGCUGCACAUUGGCCAUGCAGAUGGCAUGGGUGGACCCGACGGGAAAAGAGCCAGGACUGCUUAUACUCGUUUUCAAACGUUGGAGUUGGAAAAAGAGUUCCACUUCAACAGAUAUCUAACCCGACGGCGGAGGAUAGAGAUUGCCCAUGCUCUGUGUCUCUCAGAACGGCAGAUCAAGAUUUGGUUCCAGAACCGGAGGAUGAAAUGGAAAAAGGACAACAAGCUGAAAAGCAUGAGCAUGACGGCCGGAGCAAGCGCCUUUCAACCCUAACAUAUCAAAUAGAAAAAUAACAGACACCGUGCACCAGUACUGUACAGCGAGGCACAUUUUCCCCGCGUGUUGUUAAAUAUUAAAGAUGGAUUAAACUUUUCUGUGGUAUUGCUAACAUUUUUCUUUUAACCUGUGUUGUUCUUUCGCUGUUAAAUGCUUGUUUCUAUCUUACAUAUGUCUGUGUCAGUGAACUAUUGGUGCUUUCUUGAAAAAGUAGCAUGGUUUUUUGUGGAUUGUAAAUGGUAUAACUUAUUUAUAAUUGACGCAAGUUGUACAAUUUGAUCUUCCUCUCCCCCACCCCACCUAUCCAAUGCGCUGAUUAAGUGCGAAAAUCUUUGCUGUUACUCUAUCUUCUCUCAAAAAUAUAACCACCUUCCUGUAGCUACUG